CCAGCCCCAUCGAUGCUGAGCUAUCGGUAUUCCUUCCCAGCAUUUUCUCCUCGAUGAUUGGCACGCAGUUUCAGUGCGGGGCUCACCAUGUCCAGGUGUCCUCAGAAGCCUCCGCCGGCCGCCUCCCGAGAGAAUUACCCUUUGCCUCCGGAGCCUUCCGGGAAGACAGUAACCGAGCGACUACGGGCAGUCGCAGAGUUCCUCCGGUGGGGACUUCCGCUGUGCCAGACCCACACGGUGGAGUUCUACACGAGGGGGCUCUGGGAGAAGUUCGUAGCUCUUUCUCCCGAGGCGGUGCUGGGCGCGCUGAGCGGAGAGAGGUUGCAGCACCUCCUGGAAGAGCCGACUCCGCAGCGCCCCUUAGAGGAUGUCGCCGAUAAAUCUGGAUUUUACAACAUUUUUUGUAAAAAUACUCAGAGGCUGAUUAAUGUCCAGGCUUUUGCAUUAGCUGCUAAAUACUAUUCAAUGCCAAAUCUUGGAGUAUGCAUCUCAUUAGAACAGAUACUCGAAACACUGGACAGAAACCAGCAGUCAAGAUCAAAGGUAGAAAUGAAAACAGAUAAUUUUAUGAAUGAUAAGAAAUCACAUGAAGUGCAAUUGAUGUCAGAUUUAGUAGAUGGCAUCGCAAAAUAUUAUGGCUUAAACCAGGUAAUUGACUUGGGUUCUGGAAAAGGUUACCUGAGCUCUUUCUUGUCAUUGCAAUAUAAUCUAAAGGUUUAUGGAAUUGAUUCUUCAAACAAAAACACCCGUGGAGCUAAUGAAAGAAACAGGAAAUUAAAAAAACACUGGACAGCCUAUCAAAGACGUGUGGAAGCAAAUGUCAGAGACCAGACAUUGAAAGAAGCCAAGAAAAAUGCAGAACAAGAUAAGGAGAAAUGUAACACAAACCCCAAUGAAACGUGGUUAAGAACUAAUAACAAUCUUCAGAACCAGGUCCAAAUGGCUGUUUCAGAUGCCAUUGGUAAUGAAUCAGCUGAAAUUAGCCCAGAUCCUAAUAUAGGCAUUAUUAAAAAUCAAUCUGAACUCAAGCCUGAGAUUUGGGUACAACUCAUUGAGAACAAUAUACCAGAAAAUGUAUUUCUAGAUAUUCUGCCUACUGAUGCUGUAGAAGUGGAUUGUUCAUCCAGAAGUAAUUGCAGAAAGCUCUGUGAAGAAGAGAAGGAACAAAGGAAGGUGGCUUCUUUGAAAGCCAAAGCCAGCCAGUCAAAAGAGGCCAACAUAUAUUCUCCAUUGACAUCGUUCAUAACUGCAGAAACAGAGCUAUGUAAUAUUGUUGGAGAUCUGGAGGACUGUGUAGUUGUGGGUCUGCAUACCUGUGGUGAUCUUGCUCCAAGCACAUUGAGACUAUUUAAUGCUGUACCUGAAAUCAAGGCAGUUUGCAGUGUAGGUUGUUGCUACCAUUUGCUUUCAGAGGAACAUGAAAUGCAUGAAGAAGGGAUUCAGGGAAUAUGGGGUUUCCCUUUGGGCCGCUAUUUGAAAGAAGAGGGAUGGUUCUGUGGCCGUAAUGCUAGAAUGGCUGCCUGUUUGGCUCUAGAACGGGUUGCAGUUGGUCAGAUGCUACCUACAGAAUCUUUGUUUUAUCGGGCUGUGCUGCAGGUUAUUGUAGAAGAAUGUUAUGGCAUCAAGAGAAAUGAUCGUAAUAUUGGAAAAGUAUAUUCUAAAUCAUCUUCAUUUUUGGAUUAUGUUAGAAUUUCCUUGAAAAAGCUUGAACUAGAUGAAUCAAAGAUUUCAGACAGCAUCAUAUUGGAAUAUCUUAAAAAAUACAAGCACAGAAUGAAUGAACUGGAAGCUUUUAAUAUGCUGAAAGUUGUUCUAGGACCUUGCAUAGAGGGGUUGAUACUUCUAGAUCGUCUCUGCUAUCUCAAAGAACAGGACAACAUUGCCUGGUCUGGACUGGUAAAGUUAUUUGAUCCCAUAAAAUCCCCCAGAUGCUAUGCAGUUGUGGCUUUGAAGAAAUAAGACUUUUCACAUGCAGGAUAAAGUAAAAUUUGGAAAAAAUAUUGUAAAUUUGUUUUGUUUUUUACAACUCUCUUGCAUGAUCAAUAAUUCCAUUAUUUGUGUAUUUUUAUUACUGAUGUAUUUAUAGAU